GCCGCAGCGGCGCCGAGUUCAGGGUCUCUCCGCGCAACGUAGGUUACGCGGCAGGACCUCUGCGGACUGGUGCGAUUCCAGGGCGCGACUGCGUUGCCGUCCUUUGGCAGCUGCCAAAGCAGGCAAUUAACUAAACCCAACAGAAAUAAAACAAACUCAGGCUUGCCUAAAAGUUAGGAUACUUUUUUUUUUUUUUCUUUUUUUUUUUUUCCCCUCCCCUUUCUUGUCCAAUUUUAUUCCCUAUGUGGAAGCCGCUUACGAAUCGUGCUCGGCACACUGCACGGGAAGAAGCGGUUCGUGUUUUGGAUCGUGGAUCUGCUGUUGCAAAGCGGUCUAACUUCCAUGCAGUGGGGCAGGCUUCACUACUCUAAACGCCUUGAUGAUGUGCUGAGGAGCCCAUGUAGAUUGACAUCUUGUGCAGAGAAGGCAUUGAAGCUACCCUUGGUGUUCUACACGAAUACUCAUUAGUCAUUCUGGAGAUGGACUUACUGUCUGGAACCUACCUCUUGGCAGUCUUAUUAGCCUGUAUUGUAUUUCAAUCUGGCGCACAGGAGAAGAAUUAUACCGUGCGGGAAGAACUGCCUGAAAAUGUCCUCAUUGGCAAUUUGCUCAAGGAUCUUAACCUAACGCUGGACCCAGAUGUGCCCCUUUCCUCACCGCUACAGUUCAAGCUUGUGUAUAAGACCGGGGAUGUACCGUUAGUACGGGUGGAGGAGAACACGGGAGAGAUAUUCACAACUGCAAACCGCAUAGACCGAGAGAAGCUGUGCUCUGGCAUCUUUACUGAGAAUCGCUGCUUUUAUGAGGUGGAGGUUGCUGUUCUGCCUGAUGAAGUUUUCAGACUGGUCAAGAUCAGGUUUCUAAUAGAGGAUAUAAAUGACAAUGCCCCCCUCUUCCCCUCAACAGUCAUUAACAUCUCUAUCCCUGAAAACACAGCAAUUAAUUCUCGCUAUUCUGUCCCAUCUGCCGUCGAUCCGGACAUUGGUGUGAAUGGUAUUCAACAUUAUGAACUCCUUAAGCCCAAAACAGCUCCGAAAAGGACAUUUGGAUCCAUUACAAACGAUCAGGGUCAAAAUGUAUUUGGUCUUGAUAUAAUUGAGACACCUGAGGGAGAUAAGUGGCCUCAACUGAUUGUCCAACAGAUCCUGGAUAGGGAGCAGAAGGAUACCUAUGUGAUGAAAAUUAAAGUUGAAGAUGGUGGAAGCCCUCCAAGAUCUAGCACUGCCAUCCUGCAAGUCACAGUGACUGAUGUGAAUGAUAAUCGCCCAGUCUUCAAAGAGAAUGACAUUGAAGUUAGUGUUCCAGAAAAUGCUCCGGUGGGCACCUCUGUUUCUCAGCUCCAUGCCACUGAUGCAGACCUGGGCUCAAAUGCACAAAUCCACUUCUAUUUCAGCAAUCAGAUCUCCAGUUUGGCCAAAAGGCUGUUUGCCAUUGAUAACACCACUGGCCUCAUCACUAUCAGAGAACCACUAGACAGGGAGGAAUCUCCUGUGCACAAAUUAACUGUUUUGGCAAGUGAUGGCAGUUCAACUCCAUCAAGAGCAACAGUGACUGUUAAUGUCACGGAUAUUAAUGACAAUGUCCCAUCAAUAGACACGAGAUACAUCAUCAAUCCAGUGAAUGGGACAGUGCUUUUGUCUGAGAAGGCUCCCCUUAAUACAAAAAUUGCAUUGAUAACAGUAAUGGACAAGGAUGCUGAUCUGAAUGGCAAAGUUACUUGUUUUACAGAUCAUGAUGUUCCUUUCAGGCUAAAGCCAGUGUUUGAUAAUCAGUUUCUCCUGGAGACAGCCACCUUUCUAGAUUAUGAAGCCACGCGGGAAUAUGCCAUUAAAAUAGUGGCUUCAGAUUCAGGGAAACCUCCCUUAAACCAGUCUGCAAUGCUGCUUAUCAAAAUUAAAGAUGAAAAUGACAAUGCCCCUGUUUUUACACAGCCUGUCAUAGGUCUUUCCAUCCCUGAAAACAAUGCGCCUGGUACACAGCUAACCAAGAUAAGUGCUACGGAUGCUGACAGUGGGCGCAAUGCUGAGAUCAGCUAUAUCCUGGGGUCUGAUGCACCCCCUAUUUUCAACCUUGACCGCCGUACAGGCAUUCUAACAGCUGUGAGAAAGCUGGACAGAGAAAAGCAAGACAGGUACUCCUUCACUGUGCUGGCUAAGGAUAAUGGGAUGCCACCCUUGCAGGCCAAUGCUACUGUGACAGUGUCAGUCCUGGACCAGAAUGAUAACAGCCCUGCUUUCACACAUAAUGAGUAUAAUUUCUACGUGCCAGAAAACUUACCCAUGUAUGGCACAGUGGGGCUUAUCACAGUUACAGAUGCUGACUCGGGAGAGAAUGCUGCAGUCACUCUCUCUAUAUUAAAUGGUAGAGAUAAUUUCAUUAUAGAUCCACUUACUGGUGUGAUAAGACCUAAUAUUACCUUUGACAGGGAACAGCAGGGGUCAUAUACUUUCCAGGUGAAAGCUGUGGAUGGCGGAAGACUACAGCGUUCCUCCACUGCCAAAGUGACCAUCAAUGUUGUUGAUGUUAAUGACAACAGGCCUGUUUUUGUUAUUCCUUCGUCUAAUUAUUCCUAUGAGUUGGUUCCAACAUCAGCCAGUCCCGGGUCUGUAGUUACUAAAGUCUUUGCAGUUGAUAAUGACACAGGAAUGAAUGCAGAGCUCCGCUAUAGCAUCAUAGGUGGGAACUCAAGGGGCUUGUUUACAAUUGAUCAAUUAACAGGCAAUAUUACUUUGAAAGAGAAGGUAAUUGCAUCAGAUCAUGGCUUGCACAGACUGGUGAUAAAAGUCAAUGACCUUGGACAGCCGGAGUCUCUUUAUACUAUAGCUCUUGUGCAUUUGUUUGUGAACGAGACAGUCACCAACAGUUCCUACGUACAAGAGCUAGUGCGCAGGAAUAUGGAAACUCCAGUUGGCCAGAAUGUUGGGGAUGGUGAGAUAACCCCACAAACCAAUGAUUAUGUCAAGAUCAUCAUUGCCAUUAUUGCAGGCACUAUGACAGUGAUUCUGGUAAUUUUUGUUACUGCUUUAGUACGGUGCCGCCAGACGCCUAGGCACAAGGUUGUCCAAAAAAACAAGCAGAGUGGUGAAUGGGUUUCCCCAAACCAAGAGAACAGGCAGAUCAAGAAAAAGAAGAAGAAGAAGAAGCGCUCUCCAAAAAGUCUCCUCCUCAACUUUGUGACUAUUGAAGAAUCUAAGCCUGACGAUCCUGGCCAUGAGCACAUAAAUGGCACUUUAGACAUUCCUGUAGAGCUAGAAGAACAGACUAUGGGAAAAUAUAACUGGGCCACCACACCAACCACAUUUAAGCCUGACAGCCCAGAUUUAGCAAAGCACUACAAGUCUGCUUCUCCACAGCCUACCUUUCAAAUUAAACCCGAGACUCCUGUACCCCCCAAGAAGCACCAUGUCAUUCAGGAACUGCCUCUAGAUAACACCUUUGUGGUGGGCUGUGACUCGCUUUCCAAGUGCUCAUCCAGCAGCUCGGACCCUUACAGUGUUUCUGAAUGCAGCUGUCAAGGAGGCUUCAAGACCCCAGGCCCCAUACACACCAGACAGCUCUGAACGUCAUCGCAUCUGAUGUUAUAUACUGAAGUCGUACGUGUACACAAUGAUGUUAAGCCAGCAAACAUGAAAACAAGGAAAUAGCACGAGAAAGCCCUUUGUCCUGUCUCUGAUUGCCGAAGAAAUUUAUCGUCUGAUCUCCAGAGGGGUUUGGAAGUGACGAUGAACUGUUCAAGCUGCCCUACUGAAAGGUAUCAAGGGCAAGAAUUUUUUAAAAAGAAAAGACAAAGAAAUUUUAGUACAUUGUGCUAUAGUGUUCUAUAACGUAGUUUUGCUAAGAAAAAAGUAAUGUGACCCAUCCUUCUUCACAGUUGGUGAUUAUGGUAAAUCUAUUUUGCUUGUAAUCAUCUUCUUGUCCCAGAUUUUUUCCUUAUUUAUUUUAGUUGAAACAAUUAGGAGUUUUGUUUCUAUAAAUAUAUUAAAAGGGAGCAAUAAAUUUUAUUCAUACAUUAAAAAGAGAAUGUAAAGUUCUUUAUACUCCCUGCAUUUAAAACAAAAAUGAAUUGUUGUCACUUAUAGCACCAUUAUACAUGUUAAGAAUUAAGUGUUAUUUAUAUCUAUUCCAUAAUAUUUUUACUGAUGAUAUUGCUGCUAUGGAUCAUAAAUAGAAUCGAUCAGAUCACUGCUUUCUCAUUUUAUAGGCACAAUAGUAGUAGUGAAAAAUGAGUACUUCCGGCUUUCUUAUCCACAACAUUUUGUAAUAAAUGAUCACCUUUUAAAUAACUGGAAAGUAUUCACUUAAGUUUUAAAAAUAAAAUUUAAUUUGCAUUUUGCUUGCUGAAGUCUACAUAAUGUCUGUGUAACAGGUGGCAUACAUUUAACCUUUUGAAGUACUUUUAUUUUUAAAAAAGUCAUAAAUCCAGUGGCUUGGUUUUCAGUGUGAUAAAAGAGGAAAGAGCAUACAUAAUUUUUUCACUGUUAGCCAGCACAUGGGGAAAAAAAUGGCCUACCUUUGGGUUUUUUCCCAAAUUAUUUCUCUAGAUAGUUAACUUUUUUUACAAAAAUUAAAUUUUUUUACAUUACAAUUUUUUAUUUAGCACGACUCAUUUUAAAAAUAAAAUUUGAAUAUCAUAGCUUUGUUUGCAGGUUGGUUGCAAGUUCUUGUAUAUUGCCUCACAAUUUAGGGAGUAAUGCUUAAUAUGUAUCAUCUAUAAUAUUAGAAUUUCAUAUACAAUGCAAAAUCUCUUAGGAAGCAAAGGAGUAUAAAGAACCCUGUUUUCUGCACUUAUAUGAAGACAUGUAAUAUUAGUUUGCUAGAAUAAAAUGAAAUACAGACACUGCUUUUAACUGGGAUGUAUACAGUAUAUAUAACUUUCUUUUAAAGAAAAAGUUAUUAAUGAUUCAUGAAUUAGACUACAACAUGGAAUUCUUACACAUUACUGUAUGUUUGAUGUAAAAAUAUUUAUAGGCUUGUACUUAAUAAUCACGUUGCCUCAGUUCUUGGACUGGAGAAUGUCUAUCAUGACUGUUGCCUAUAGUUUUCUCCACAUUUGCUAUCUGGCUCUUUUAAAAAUGUGUAUUUGGCUAUUUGAUCUGUAAAAUAAAUUCUAUUAAUAAUGAAGUACGUAUUGUAAUUUAGCAUAUUGUAUUGCAUAAUUAUAUCUAUGACUGUUAUAGAAAAUUUUUCAUUUCCGAUAAUGAAAUCAUUUUCUUGGGAAGAAGUUUAUGUGUCUGUAAGACAGUUUUUGCUAUUUCUAUUUAUCACAGCCUUGCAGCAUUUAUGCUUCAAACUAAAAAAACUGACACUUGCAGUGGUUAGACAUACAGUAAUGAUAUUUAUUGACUCAAUGCCAUAAUUCAGGCAGUCGCUUUGGGUUGAAAGUUCAUUCCUGACAUAGUAAGUAAUUUAUUCAAGAAGUGUUGUUUAGUGUAACAAAGGUUGGUCCUGCCUAUUGCUGUUACAAUUGUUUGCUGAUGUGCUUCAUAGGUGGGUGAUGGGAAACAUCCAAAGAUACUUGUUAAGAGUAAUAACCCUUCAGCCUAGUAGAAUUGUUUGUCAGGAGGAUAGUAGGAUUUCACAGACCUUUGAUUUCUGUUUUUUCUUUGGUUUUUUGAAUCUUUGGACAUCUGUUCUUAUGAUAAUUAGGUUGGAUGUCCUUGGAUGAGAAAACUCUUAUGUAUAAAAUUAAUGUUUGAUUAAGAAAAACACCAAAUAAUUUCAAUGCUUACAUUGAAACUUUUUUUUUCUUAAUUGAGGAAUACUGAGUUAAGGUGCUGGACUACGUUAAUUUAAUCUAACAUCAAACAUGUAAUUUAGUCAUCUCAAGUGGAUUUAUAGCUGCCCUCAGUUUUUUCCUCUGGUAGUGAAAAGGCAUAGAUACACUAUAGCAGGGUUUUUUGAUUUUAGAACUGCAUUCCCUCUAGAAGUGCCUAUUUUCUCACACUAAGUAUGGAGAGAACCUUUGAUAAGUACCUUUCUAAUUUAAAUAUACCAGUUAUGUGCUUGCAGAGAAAAAUAUUUUUCAUCAGAUUCUUAGUUAUUUUGCUUUUAACCUAGCUGAAGGUCUACCUUUUUCCUAGUAUUUCACUGGUCAUAUCAUUCUAGACUAUCAAUAAAUAAUUCUAAAAGAAUAUAGGAUGAUUUUAAACAUUAAAAAAGUUACGUGUAUGAAAUAAAGGUACAUCAAGUGGUUGGAUUAUUAGUUGAACUCAGUAACCUCUCUCUUCUAGUUCUCGUGAGUCAGGACAGCCAAAUAUAAUUACCCUCCAAAUGUAAAUUUCCCUUAGGAAAAGCCAGCAACCUCUUAAGCGGCUCAGUUUCAUGUGUUUCCUCUGUUUCAGUUUUUGUUUUCUUACAUCUGUCAGUUCUUAAGAAGUAAUUCUUCCAUAGACUCUCAUAAGACUUGUUUAGAGAGCUCAUUUCCUUCUGAUGGUUAAAUGGGUUCCUGAAAGUCUCAUGGAAGCCUGCUUCUACUGACCAAAUAUGUACAUGUGCACUAUUGAAUGAUGUGAAGGCUAAAUGGAGGCCACUCAAAAAAUCCCAUAUUUAGUUUUUUUGUUUGUUUAUUAUUAUUUUUUUUUAAUCAGUAUUAGCAUCCUGAGUCAAAGCUAGGUAUAUGUUGUCGAAACCAACUCUGUUUCUCAAAUGUUUUAAUCUACAGGAAUACUAUUUUCUGACUGCACACAGAAGUCAGAGUAAACUAAGAGCAAAAAACACUGAGUUGGCCAAAUGCUGCUUUUGAAACUAAAAAACUUAUGAUAAUCUCACUAAACUUCUCAAGAGAUUCAUUCUUUUAUCUGGUGCACAUUGCCACCCCUGUCACCAGUGCAGACAGGUCUGUGUCCAGAGAUAAAGUCCUAGAGUCUGGUUUUGGUUAGUUACCGUGCUAUGUGUGGCUCAGCAAAAGGAAUAGUUCUUUAUUUGUUGCCAGUUUUACAGAGUAAAUUAAUUGCAUUGCUUCUUCUAGCCCUACAAUGCCAGCAGCCGAAGAUGGCUCUCAGAUUUGCUGUUCCGCAUCCUGUGUCACAUUGUCAGUGCCGGGGUUUCGCAUGGAUGUGUGUCUACCAAAGCUCAGUGCCACUCGAUCUCAGCCGUGCCCUGAUAUCGAGUGAGUCACUCCAAGGAAAAGCUAUGGCACACUAUCUGCAGUUUGUAUGAAAGCUGCCUAUCGUAUCAGAAAAUAUAUUGGACUUUAGAGGAUUUAAAUCCUUCUGAAUUUAAUUGAGUGGAGGACUGCUGAAGGGCGGUAGGGUGCUGUCAGGAACAAAGCUGGUUUGUGAUGUAAAUAGAACUAUUUUUUUAACACAAACUGUAAUGCUGCGGGGGUUUUUUGUUACACAUUUCCACUGAUUUCCCAUUUUACCAUAAACAUAUAUUUAUGGUAUAUCCCGAUCUUAAGUAUUAUUUGUAAAAUCUUUUUAACAAAUAUUUUUCAAUAUAUAUUUUUGC